AUGAAGCUCUCUACCACGCUCGUCUACCUGGCCAUCUUGGCCUCACCUACCUGGUCCGCCCCGAUUGAACAGGAUGCUUCGGGCAGCCGAUCCACCCUUUUCGCUGAGCGCCAGCCCCGCACGGACAUCGACAUGGGGAACCUCGUCUUGACGCCUCGAGCUAUUGAGGUCGCGCACCCUGGCGCCGUCUUUCAGCCGCCACCUGGACGAGUGGAACGAAUAAUGAAGGACCUCGGCAAGUAUGCGUGGAACAAGCCCUACAAAAGUGUGGCGUGAGUAGCACUCCCUGCCUCCCAGAGCCGUUCAAGCCUUUGACUCGGCGCGAAGAAGCGACGACGCUAGGCCUUAGCUCACAGCAGGGACUCGAACCCCCUCCUGCAGCUGGGGUCUCGGCUUUCUUGGACCGCCCUUGGCGGCAGUUGGCGGGUUCACGCACGCACAUAAGAUGACGGAGGAGCGUAAGAAGUAUCUUCGUGAACAUCAACAACCCCGCAGUCGCUCUAUCGAAGAGGAUGACGGCCUACCUCUUUUGACGAAGCGCAAUGUAGAUGCGGACGGCGAGCAGGUGGCUCUGGCAAAGCGUGCUCCUCCCGUUCAAGACGGCAUCCAGCUAGGGACGCUCUUGCACGCUGCCGCCCAACGGGAGAUUGAAAGUCAUGCUGCAACACAAGAAGCUAUCGAUGCCGUGGCCCUUGCUAAAAAGAAGCGUCGCCAGGACAUGUUACAUCGCGCCAAAUUUGCAAGGUGAGCCCCUCAAUUCGACUGGCAAUCGAGUCCUCGCUUUCUGAGUUUGCAGAUCAAGUCCUUGAGCGUGUAUUGAGAUCAUACUUAUGCGCAGCUCACGGUAUCUUUGACAGCGCGGUGGGAGCGCUUGGAGGAGGGCUUGGACUGUUUUACUAUGGAGGUGUGCAACUUGCUCACUAUGGCAGUAAAGAUUUGGAGCCCAAGCAUGCCCCUUAG